AGAGGGAGAGAGAUAAUGGGUGUUCCUCUUAUUUCAUCACCGCCAUUUCUUACCCUCUUUCUCUUAUCUUUCAUGACAUUGUGUCUCAGUCCUCAGCAUGCUCUUGCAAGCAUAACAAGGCACUACAAGUUUGAUAUCAAACUGCAAAACGUGACAAGGUUAUGCCAGACAAAGAGCAUUGUAACAGUAAACGGACAGUUUCCUGGGCCUCGAAUUGUUGCUAGGGAGGGUGACCAACUCCUUAUUAAAGUGAUUAACCAUGUUCAAAACAACAUCUCUAUUCAUUGGCACGGCAUUCGACAGCUUCGAACAGGAUGGGCUGAUGGGCCUGCAUAUGUGACCCAAUGUCCCAUACAAACAGGCCACAGCUAUGUGUACAACUUCACCAUUGUAGGCCAAAGAGGCACUCUUUGGUGGCAUGCUCACAUUUCAUGGCUAAGAUCAACUGUUUAUGGUCCCCUAAUCAUCCUUCCCAAGCUUGGAGUGCCUUACCCAUUCACUAAACCCUAUAAGGCGGUGCCGAUAAUCUUCGGAGAGUGGUGGAAUGCAGAUCCUGAGGCUGUUAUUAGCCAGGCCUUGCAAACAGGUGGAGGCCCAAAUGUCUCUGAUGCUUAUACCCUUAAUGGUCUCCCAGGGCCCUUGUACAACUGCUCUGCCAAAGAUGCAUUCAAACUAAAGGUUGAAGCUGGGAAGACAUACCUUCUGCGCCUGAUCAACGCAGCACUGAAUGAUGAGCUCUUCUUCAGCAUUGCAAAUCACACCCUCAAAGUGGUAGAAGCUGAUGCCGUCUAUGUCAAACCCUUUGAGACCCACACAAUUCUCAUUGCCCCUGGACAAACCACAAAUGUUCUUCUCAAAACCAAACCCAGCUUCCCAAAUGCCACAUUUUUCUUGACUGCUAGGCCAUAUGUGACUGGCCUAGGUACAUUUGACAACUCCACAGUUGCUGGCAUUUUAGAGUAUGAAUUCCCACCCAACACCAAAACCCUAAAAAUGAAGAAACUUCCACUCUUCAAACCCAAUCUCCCGGCCUUGAACGACACAUCGUUCGCAACAAAAUUCAAUGACAAACUCCGCAGCUUGAACAAUGCACGAUUCCCAGCUAAUGUACCACAGAAAGUUGACAAACAUUUUUUCUUCACCGUAGGCCUUGGAACCAACCCUUGUAGCCAACAUAACCAAACAUGCCAAGGACCCAAUGGGACAAUGUUUGCAGCUUCAAUUAACAACAUUUCUUUUGCCAUGCCAAACACUGCCUUACUCCAAUCCCACUUUUCUGGCCAAUCAAAUGGGGUUUAUACUCCUGACUUCCCAACCAAUCCUAUAAUCCCAUUUAACUACACAGGGGCCCCACCAAAUGAUACUAUGGUGAGCAAUGGGACAAAGCUGGUGGUGCUUCCAUUUAACACCAGUGUGGAGUUGGUGAUGCAGGACACUAGCAUUCUUGGUGCUGAGAGCCAUCCUCUGCAUCUUCAUGGGUUUAAUUUCUUUGUUGUGGGUCAAGGAUUUGGGAACUUUGACAGAAAUAAGGACCCUGCAAAGUUCAAUCUGGUUGACCCUGUUGAGAGGAACACUGUGGGUGUGCCCUCUGGUGGAUGGGUUGCUAUUCGGUUUUUAGCAGAUAACCCAGGUGUGUGGUUUAUGCAUUGCCACCUGGAGAUCCACACAAGCUGGGGAUUGAAGAUGGCUUGGGUAGUCUUAGAUGGAAAGCUUCCCAAUCAAAAGUUGCUUCCUCCACCUGCUGAUCUUCCCAAAUGUUGAUCUUAUUCACUUCUAUUACCUCUAACCAUAACUUGUCCAAAGAAUUUUGUGACCCAUUUGUUUAUUCUUUGGUAUCUUUUGGAUUUACUUGGCCAAAAUUGUUUUGGUUAUGCAGAGUUGAGGGAGAAUAAAAGAGAGACAAUAACAUAUCUCUAACACUCAAAUAUCAUAAUGUAAGAGGCCUCAAUAUUCAAAUAAUAUAUCA